UUGCGAUUAAAGUACAACUCACACCACAGCCAGGAUGAUGUCAUAAAGUCGGACGACUGUGGAUUUCAACAAAGAAAAACUUGAAGAAAAGCUUCCGCCUGGAAAUGUAAACCCUCUUGUACUCUGACCUCUCACGCCUUAUCUCUCAGGCAAAGAAGCUGAGACUUUCAUCAGGAACACACCUGAAGGGCUCGGCAAUGCAAAUGGGAGUUUACAAAGUGAAGGAUCAGUGACAGAAAGGGAUCAAAUGUCCAGCAACUGAAAACACUCAUCAGGGAAAGAGGUAUCAACAAAGGCUCUAGAACGAGGGCUUUUUCGUAACAGCUCAACAAGUCCCAUCAUGUUGAGGUAGAGUUUGUCAGGGUGUGCAGGCAGACGCAGCCUAGUUUCCUGACAGAAACGCGUGUGCAUACGUGGGAUUCAAAUAUCCAGUAUUUGCUCAACAAGACAGAUGGCAUCAUGAUUUUGAGCUUCAAAAUAUCCUAAGGAUUCAUUAAAGGAGGACGUACAAAAGGAUACAAAGACUUUUCAGGACCAAGCAAGAUACGGACUUCUCAACCAGAGCUGCCAAAAUGCCACUCAGAACUUCGUUGUACAGAAAGCAAGCCUGUGGUCGUUGGACCAGCAGGAAUUCCAAGCGCAGAGAGGUGCUGUCCGUUAACAUGAUUAGCCUGCCACUGGCUGAUUUUCGCCACAUCACACAUAUUGGCAAUGAUGCGCACACAGACAACUUUGGAGACCUGUCCUUUUUAAAGAUGGGCCAGAGCCUGCUUUUACAAAGUUCCCAGAGUGAACAGAACCUCUUCAUGGCCUGCGCUCCUCCACCAAAGCCCCCGCGACUAAACCUGGAUGGGACAGAAGGAUCCGAGAGCCCCGACUGGUCUGUUGGCAACACCUCCCAAAAGAGAAAGAAAUGCAGCUCUAUGCCUCUGCUGGACACUGAGGAAGUAGAAGAAGAGAUAGAAAAGGUGGAUGGCUACCGAAGAGGAAAUAAUGUUGCUUGCAGUCAGACUCUUGGUGCUGGUCGGGGUAGUGCGAGUUCAACCAAGGAUGGAGAUUCUACAGAAAUGCAUGACAAAACUACAGAAAAGCAGAGGGAGGAGGACAGUGGAUUUUCCUUUAGCCUUGACCUGGGCCCUUCAAUCCUGGAUGAUGUUCUGCAGGUGAUGGACAAACAGCAGAAUCUGUAGCCAAGCAUUUCUGGAAGGCUUGACUGAGUAAACUGAAUGAGGAAAGAAGAUCCUACUCAACUUGCUAUUGGGGGUAACGGCUCUGAUUCUAUGGAUAAACCAAUAUCCAAAGAUGUUAUUUAAUUAAACCUUGUGCAUUCCUGGGAUUCCAAUAUAUUACGCUGUGACUGUGGAGAGAAGUGAUCACACCUUAGUUUUAAUGGAUGUAAGCUAAGACAAUGGAGAUACUGAUAAGGACAGGAUAAGGAAUUCUGCUUUAUUUUUCAAAUUUCUCUCAAGAGAACCAGACACUUAUUGAAAAGAAUUAUAAAAGUAACCACACAAAGUUAAUGUUCUUCUUCACCUCUUGCAGAGUUAAGUUAAUAAUUGACCGUCUGAUAAAAAUGUCAAACUCCAAGUUGGACCUUUCAACCUUCUUUUACUUUCCUCCUUUGCGAGUGUAAUUCCCCUAACCACACAGCAAAGCACUACACCGAAAACGGCUGUUAAGACUUAAGACUGUUGUGUUUAAGAAAAGAAAAGCUGUGGCUAGAAUCCAAGGUCCUCGAGCUGUGAUGUCUCGGCUCUUGGCAUGCUUGCCCAUCUAUUGUGUGCAGAGUGCAAUUUUUCCUCCGCACGCAUCCCAGAGGCCCCACUCAAAGGUAGACCAAGGUACCCCCCAUCUCUCAUUCCCAACAAUACAGUGAAAACAAACAUAAAGCUCUGCUUCCAAUAAAAGGCAGCCAGUGGUGGCAGUUUGGGCUGCAGACCAAGCCCGGCCACAGGUCCAAGACCUCAGACGGGGGGGGGAGCUGAAGCUAGCUGUUUUCUUAGCUGCAAAUCAGAGUCUGGUGCUCUGGUGAGUGGCGCACGAGAAGGAAAGUGGUAAAGGGUAAUGUGAUACUUCCACAUAUGUGGGGGGUGUCGAGGGAGGAGGACCAGAGACAUCCAUUACUGCAGCCUAAGUCCUGAUGAAGGUUUAAACACUACCUUCUGACCAAACAGAACCCUGACAUGAGAAAAAGGCCUGCUUCCAUCUCCACAUACACUCACACACAAUUUAAGAGAAGCACAUCACAUGUAUUUGUGAAAGGAUGCACAGUCACAAUGAGAUUUGUGCAAACAAUCUAGGUCCAUUUUCCUCAGAAACGGACAAAAGAGGAUCAGGAGAUUGUCAGGAAAGACUAUGUGGUAAAUGCAGUCACAGACAAAUUCCUAUGUGCCCAACAUGUCAUGCUGCAACAUAAACAAACCUCAAUUGUCCAGUUUAUGGCAAUAGAUUUACAAUUCUAUCCGUGUCCUCACAGAAACAGCGAUGUUUGUGGGUGAUAUUAUAUAUCUGUCUAUUUUAAACUGGAUAUCAUAGUCCCAGUUUCCUGUAUAUGUAUAUUUAACAACACAUUGUGGAAUCUUCUUUUGCAUAGAAUAAUGUCCUCUUUUGUACUUUGAUAAAGUAAAAAAAAAAUCUC